CGUCUCUGCGCAGGCGCUGUCACAUCUCUCUUUUGCGCGGCCUCCUCAGCCCCGGCGUAUAGUAUAGGACAUUCCCCGGCCCGGACACGUGACCCGGCAGGCGGCCUGUGGAGCGGGAUCACCGACCAUGUCGAAGCGGCACCGGCUGGAUCUGGGCGAUGACUAUGCCACGAGCAAGAAGAGAGGCGACGGUAAGGAGAGAGAUCGUGAUAGAGAUGACCGAUCAAAAGACCGGGAUCGUGAUAGAGAUCGUGACCGUGAACGGGAUAGGGACAAAGAUAAAGAGUCACGUGGUACAGCAAAUACCCCGUAUAUCACAGCUGCAGGAGUUCAAGCUGUAAAGCCAGCAGCACUUGCCCAAGGCGUGAAUCCAUUUACAAAUCUACCACAUACACCGCGCUACUAUGAAAUCUUAAAAAAUCGUCUUCAGCUGCCAGUUUGGGAGUACAAAGAACGUUUUACAGAUAUCCUCAUGAGGAACCAGUCCUUUGUUUUGGUGGGAGAGACCGGUUCUGGGAAAACUACACAGAUUCCUCAGUGGUGUGUAGAGUACAUGAGGUCGUUGCCAGGUCCCAAGAGAGGGGUUGCAUGUACCCAACCCAGAAGAGUAGCGGCAAUGAGUGUGGCCCAGAGAGUUGCUGAUGAAAUGGAUGUUAUGCUUGGCCAGGAAGUUGGUUACUCUAUUCGAUUUGAAGACUGCAGCAGUGCAAAAACAAUCUUAAAGUACAUGACUGAUGGUAUGUUACUCCGGGAAGCUAUGAAUGACCCACUGUUGGAGCGAUAUGGUGUAGUUAUUCUUGACGAAGCUCACGAAAGGACUUUAGCUACAGAUAUCUUAAUGGGAGUUUUAAAAGAGGUGGUGCGGCAAAGGAAUGAUUUAAAGGUGAUAGUCAUGAGUGCCACUCUUGAUGCAGGCAAAUUCCAGGUUUAUUUUGAUAGCUGUCCUCUGUUAACAAUUCCUGGCCGUACACAUCCUGUAGAAAUCUUUUACACUCCAGAGCCGGAGAGGGACUACCUAGAAGCAGCCAUCCGUACCGUGAUCCAGAUUCAUAUGUGUGAAGAAGAGGAGGGAGAUCUUCUACUAUUCCUCACAGGGCAAGAGGAAAUUGAUGAAGCAUGUAAAAGAAUUAAACGUGAGAUCGAUGACUUGGGCCCUGAAGUUGGAGACAUAAAGAUCAUCCCCUUGUAUUCUACUCUCCCACCCCAGCAACAGCAGAGAAUCUUUGAGCCCCCUCCACCUAAGAAAGCCAGCGGUGCUAUAGGAAGGAAAGUUGUGGUUUCCACCAAUAUCGCUGAAACCUCGUUAACAAUUGAUGGUGUUGUAUUUGUUAUUGACCCAGGAUUUGCUAAGCAAAAGGUGUAUAACCCUCGUAUUCGAGUAGAAUCUCUUUUGGUGACUGCCAUCAGCAAGGCUUCGGCGCAGCAAAGGGCAGGCCGUGCCGGUCGUACCAGGCCGGGAAAAUGUUUCCGACUUUAUACAGAGAAAGCAUACAAAACAGAAAUGCAGGACAACACAUACCCUGAGAUCCUGAGGUCUAAUUUGGGCUCCGUCGUGCUGCAACUAAAGAAACUUGGUAUUGAUGACUUAGUGCACUUUGACUUUAUGGAUCCCCCAGCCCCUGAAACUUUAAUGCGAGCUCUGGAGCUGUUGAAUUACCUUGCUGCCUUAAAUGAUGAUGGUGACCUGACUGAACUGGGAUCCAUGAUGGCAGAAUUUCCGCUGGAUCCUCAGCUUGCCAAGAUGGUUAUAGCCAGUUGUGAUUACAACUGUUCUAAUGAGAUCCUAUCCAUUACCGCUAUGUUGUCAGUCCCACAGUGUUUUAUUCGACCCACGGAAGUCAAGAAAGCUGCAGAUGAGUCCAAGAUGAGGUUUGCCCACAUAGAUGGCGAUCAUCUGACGCUGCUGAACGUGUACCACGCUUUCAAACAAAAUCAUGAGUCGAAUCAGUGGUGUUAUGACAACUUCAUUAACUACAGGUCCCUGAUGUCUGCAGACAAUGUACGGCAGCAGCUGUCACGAAUCAUGGACAGAUUUAACUUACCGCGUAGAAGCACAGACUUCACAAGCCGGGAUUAUUACAUUAAUAUUAGAAAAGCUUUGGUUACCGGCUAUUUUAUGCAGGUGGCACAUUUGGAACGGACUGGCCAUUACCUAACCGUGAAAGACAACCAAGUCGUGCAGUUACACCCCUCAACGGUUCUUGAUCACAAGCCAGAGUGGGUCCUGUAUAACGAAUUUGUACUCACAACAAAGAACUAUAUCCGCACAUGCACAGACAUAAAGCCAGAAUGGUUAAUAAAAAUUGCUGCUCAGUACUAUGACAUGGGCAACUUCCCACAGUGCGAAGCCAAGAGGCAGUUAGAGCGGAUUAUUGCCAAAUUUCAAACAAAGGAGUACUCUCAGUACUGAGGCUCGGGAUGUUAGCGCUCUGCUGAGAGCAGCUCGAGAAUGUGGACUAAUCAAUUUGUGUUCCAUGUGAUGGUUCAGUGAUGGCCUUUAUUUGAAAGCUUUUUAAUUUUUUUUUUCUUUCAUUACAGUAAAUAAUAUUACAAUCUUUCAUAAAUGAAACAUUUAUGGCUCCCCUUUGUGUUGACACUGUAGCUUGUACUGGAAAUGUCGAUCAAUGUUUUGCAGUUUAUUGGAAGUAGUUCUAUAUAUAACAAGGUUAUAAGCAUUUCUCUAGAAAUGUUUGAAUAUGCUUCUAAAAUAUGAUGACAGUCCAUGUUAUGCAUGAUCGUUGUAAAUGUUGACAUUCCUCUUAGAAGUUGUGAAAUGUUACAACUUGUACAUCUGUAGUCCCAACCAUCAGCCUCCAUGUGGAGGCCUUGGCUUCAAUAAAGUCUAUUUAUACUAAAUAAA